AUGGCACCUAAUCCUCCUUUGACCCCCGCAGAAAUACUGAAAGUGACCCGUGCUUCAAUAAACAUCCUAAAUGUUCUUCGCUACGAUUUCUGCGUGUUUGGGAGCGCAGCUUGCAACUACUACGGCAUGAACUCUCGCGUUGCGCAAGACGUUGAUAUUCUCGUGUUUGCUUGGAGGGUGCAUGAGGAGUGGCUCAAGGGAGAAUUUGUCCAACGCAACAGACAUUUCUACCGGGUCAACUCUGCAAAGCCGGAAGCAGGCUACACUGUCCUGUGGUACCAGCUUCCGGGCGGGCGAAGGUGCAAGGUUGACCUCCUCCAUUUCGGAGUGAUAGGUAUAUCGGGCAUGCCGCCAGACAUCGCCUACUUCGUGCAGUCGCCGAGAUUCCGCGAGAUUCCCCUCUUGCCACUCAUCCCACUACUCUUCCUGAAACUGAUUGGAUGGAGGAAACGUGCAAAGUCUAUUCUUUGGCACUGGAGAAAGAAAGUUCCAAAUGAUGAAGAAGAUAUCUUGAAUCUCUUGGAGAUCGCUAUAAGCAGACCCGACAUUGGACGCCUUUCGAGUACGCCUUGGAUUACCACAGCUUUCAGACGAAGGGCUCGACUCCAGAUCAGCCGCUUCGUUCAGAAAUAUCCUGACAGCAUUGCGAAAUGGAGGGUGAUUGGUUUCAGGUUUUCGCGCCGACGUGUAUGUUACGAGUCGAUUAUGCCUGAUGUAUAUGAGCAUUCUGUCGCUUCGCCUUCUCAGCCCGCAGGAUAUGCAUAUCACGACUAG